AUUUUUAUUCUAAAAUAUUAUUCCACUUUAUUUUAUCACAGUAUAUGGUAUCAAUUUGAGGUAGCAUCAAAGGUAGGAUUUUUUUAUCUUUUAUUGUCAUUGAUGCAUCUCAUGCAUAUUUAGGGGUUUCAUAUCAAACUUUUGUUUAUCAUAUAACACUUAUAUAAUAGUUUACAUUAUCCAUGGGGUUGGAUUUGAGUUUUUAAAAAUUAUAUCGUGGUUUUUGCAUAUGUGAUGUUUUGGAUCGAAACUCUAAUUAUCUUGUGGAACCAAGUUGUAUAUAAAAUAUUUUUCAUUUUAUUCUAAUAAAUUUAUUUAAUGUUUGACUUUCUAAUUGCUGUUGGAUCUUAAUAUUAAUAUGAUAUGACUCUGCUUUAUGAAUUUUGAUGAAAUUACCUUGAAUGCACACUAUUGAUGGGAGAGGGUUAGUAGAUGUGUGGUCCUUGCGAGAAUUCACAAGAUUUCUACUAGUCAUUGGUUUCACUAGUUAGUAAUAUAAAUUGAUAUUGGUAGCCAGUGUGGCACCGCAGAAUCCUGGUAUUGGUAUUCCCAGAAAAGUAAGAAGGGUAUCGGGUUCUCUCGAGUGUAAGACCCCAAGGUUUUUUGCGUGAACCAAAAAAUUGACGAAUGAUUAUUAUUGAUAUGUGAUUUUAUUAUCCGGAGAUGGUUCAUGUGUGGACCAGAAUAUGUGUUGCAUUCGUGUGAUUUUAAUUUGAUCUAUUGCUGCACUUGUUUAUUAUUUGAUUAUAUUUAUAUAUUAUUUUAAAACCUUGAUAGUCAUUGAUAAAAGUUAUCCUACUAGACUAAUGGGCUUAUCUCUAUUUAACAUUUUCUUUUCAGAAGCAAGUAGGAAUCCAGUGGAGUAGGCUGGGAAGACUGCAGAUAGAAGCUAUUACUACUAUUUCUCUUUAUGUUGGAAUGCCUAUGUGAUCAUGUUUUGAUGAUGUUAUGUUUAGGAAUGUAACUUUAUUUAGGAUAUGUUUUAAUGGUUUAAUAAUAAUAUGAGGAAAGUUAUUAUGUGUGAUAGAUGGGUUUAUUUCUUAAUCACGCCCGAUUAUUUUUAGAGAAAAAAAAUCGGGGCAUGACAAUUUCAAACUCAAAACAAUGGACUGAUAGUGUUUUGAAGUCAUGUCAAGUGCAGAUUAAGUAAAUAUUAAAUGUAUAUUCUACCAUGGGCAAUCCCCAAUGUCUGCGUGGAGAGAGAGUGUUUGUGGGUAUAUUGUACCUGUGUGUAGACAAGAAAUAUUUACACGAUGCAUGUAGUCUACUUAAUUUGGCACCUUCUGGAGAUAUUCCUCCCUGUCAGUGUCCUUGCUUAAGUGGAAGGAAAUAUGUAUUUUUCAUCCAAUUACAUUAAAUGGAAUUAUUAUCCUGGCAUUGGCUGUCGUUUUAGUUCUCUGCUGUUGUUAUUAGCUGCUGCCCAUACUAAUUCCUGCUGCAUUGGUUGUAAUCCUUAUUGCCACAGUUGAUUCAUGCAGAUCAUAUUGAAGCCUUGUCGAGAAACUCAUUGUCAUUUCUGCUUGAAUAAGCUACCAGCAGAUACAGUCCCCUGUCCAUCAUGUUCGAUGCCGUUGUACUGCUCUCAGCAAUGUCAAGUACAGGCAGGAGGAAAAAGGUUGAGGAACGAUUUAAAAAGUUAUGGCGUUCAUGCUAAUUUAUCAGGUGAUCUUGAAAAGUAUAUUGCAGACAUCAUUUUAGCUGGUGUUUCUGUUCUGGGGACUGAGUGCCUUCCAGAACAUAGACACGAGUGUCAAGGAGUCAAUUGGCCUGCAGUAUUGCCAUCUGAUAUUGUUUUGGCUGGUCGAGUUCUUGUGAAGUCUGUAGAACAUCAAAGGCAUUUUAGCGCUACUUCUUGCUUCAGUGGAUCUCUGGAUCUUUGUAACAAUUAUGUACAACUGCCUUCAGAAAGCAAAUUGGAUUUUCAUAUUUAUUCCAUCAUUUUGCUGUACUGUCUACAACUUUCUUAUGGCUCUGAAUGUCCAAUGAAUGGAGUCACUAUUGCACAGUGUGUUAUGCUUCUAUCGAAAAUCAAAUUCAAUUCUAUGGCAGUUGUCCGUAUGAAUUUUAUUGAUGUGGAUGGACCGCAGGUUCAUUCUCGAAUGUUCUCUUCGGCUGGGGAUUCCUUAACCAGUACCAUGGAACAGGUCAGAGUGGGCCAAGCAAUUUAUUCAUCUGGCAGUUUAUUUAACCAUUCUUGCAAGCCUAACAUCCAUUCAUAUUUCCUUUCGCGUACUCUCUACAUACGAUCAACAGAAUUUGUGGUGGCAGGGUGCCCCCUGGAACUGUCUUAUGGGCCACAGGUUGGGCAGUGGGACUGUAACAAUCGCCAACGGCUCCUUAAAGACCAAUACUCAUUUAGAUGUCAAUGCAAUGGUUGUGCAGAAUUGAACCUAUCUGACCUUGUUUUAAAUGCGUUUCGGUGUGUUCAACCAUGCUGCUUCGGUGUAGUGUUAGAUAGCCAUGUUGCCAAGUAUGAGAAACAGAAAGUCAACGCCUUCCUUGAUGCCCAGGUCAGGAAGCUCAAAAAUGAUGACGACCUCUAUAUGGUGGCCUGCCAUUUGUUUGAAGAAACUAGUAGCACCCAUCAAUUUGAACCUGGAUGUUGCCUGUGUUGUGGUUCUUACCGCGAUCUGGAAGCUUCAAGUGCUACAGUCAACAAAGCUGUGAUGUCUAUCAGAAGGUUGGAGGACGCAAUAGCUGCUAAUGAAGUCCCAACUAAUAUACUUUCCGAUGCCUUGGGGUCUCUUGAUAUGUUGAGGUCAACAACGCAUGCCUAUAACAAGAAAAUUGCAGAGGCGGAGGACCAUCUUGCACAGGCAUUGUGUUUGGUUGGACAACUACAACCCGCAAGAGAUCACUGUGAAGUGUCAAUUGAUAUCCUUGAAAAGCUUUAUGAGCCAAACCACCUUGUCAUCGGAAAUGAGUUGCUUAAACUUGCAUCCAUUCAGCUAGCCUUGGGUGACCCUUCAGCUGUGCACAGCAUAAAACGGGCGGACGCAAUAUUUUCACGAUAUUAUGGACCACAUGCGAACGUCAUAUUCCCACAUUUGCAGGACCUAAAGAGAGAAGCCAGCAAUACUGUUCUUUAAGACCCUUUUUGUGUUCUUGCCAAUUAAUCCAGCAAUGAUCAAUUCAGAACAUGGUUCAUAGCCUAGGCAAAUAUUGCCAUUUGUGGUUCAAUGGAUUAUUAGAGCAUUGCUGAAGAAUUUGUCAGUCUUAAUGAUAUUCAAUGAUGCAUUGGUACUUGUCGCUUUUUACCUGUAUAUGGAGAAACACUCGGCCCAUGCCAAGGUUUUUGACAGUACGAGCUUAUGCAUGUAAGCAGUUUUAUUCCCACAUGAAAAUACUAGUCAUUGUUCAAACCUGUGAUACUGGUAUUAUAGAACACACGG